AUAGUUACAACACCACGCUCAGAGAAAGUUCGUGUCAUUGGCAACAUUCGGGGUGAAAAAUUAUACCGUGCUGAGGACCCACCAGCGGGACAAUGGAGCAUUUGUAUUGAGACUGGAACUCUGACCAUCUCACUGGACAUCAUGAACAGCAUCCACUCCAUAUUCAAGUUUCUUAAAUCAGAUGAAGGCUCGUUCUCUGUCCGCAGUUCACCACCACCACCAGCAUGCACUGAGGACCGUGUAUCCAUUGAGACAUCAAAUAUUGCAAAUAUUAGGAGCCCAUCUCUGCAACUGGUGGAUAAUGAGAGUGGAGAAGUUCUCACAACAGCUCCUCUCCUCCGUUGUGCUAAUCGACUGCUGGGGAACGUUUCAUUCCCUCCGGCCACAGUCAGCUACAGGGUAGUGGGCAGUGAUGCAAGUGGUAGGAGGUUCGAUUCAACCCUCUCACCAAAGACUAUCACAUUUACACAAGAAGACGGAGCUAAGUUUAGUGUUGAAGCAGAUGGAGAGGGCAGCAUGGAGGUUGAAAUUGGACAGGCCAUAACAAUACCCCUAAGAGUUCAAAAUUUCUUACCCACUGAUGUGCAUUAUUCUUUCACAGCUGAGCCUGUCACUGGCUUCAGACAGGCUUUUCGUCCUACCAGUCUGAUGGUUGCCCCCAGAGGCAAUGAUUCAGUAACCUGGAUCAUUUUGCCCCUAUCAUCAACUGAGCUAGGGUCCACACUCACAUUCACAGCCACUGUGACUGAUGGCUGUGUUGUCCAUUCUGCCUCAAAGACAGUGUCAUUUAUCGCACCGGUU